GCAUCCUCAUGACGUAUUGUAAUGACGAAUUUCCGACCAUACUUUCCUUGUUUGGUUCGCGGAAUCGUUAUUUAUCUAUGGUUGAAAUUGUGUACUGUGCGAAUUGUCAUUUAGGUAGAAUAUUGUAUUUAUCACAUUAUACAUGCAAUUGUAAUAAUAUAACAAACACAUUGACCAUUCGAAGUUUAGAAUGGUGACAACGAAGGUACCGCAUCCAGAUGUCAUAGUAACAGAUCUUGAAUUUGAAAUAACUAGAAAUCUGAUUGCAAUGCUUGAUAAUAAUGAUUCCUGGAAGUUGGUUGUCGAAGGAUUUAAUAGACACUACAGCCUAUUUAGUAAAAGUGACAUAAGAAUAUUUCAGAGCAAAUCAUCACCAUCAGAGGUGCUUCUAAACGAGAUUGGAAAUCGGUGUUGCACAGUUGGAGUUCUUUGUGAUAUACUGCUGCAUUGUCAGCUCUAUGAUGCAUUGUCUUUACUCAGAGAACCUGAACGUGUGAUUAUUACUCAGCAACCAUGUGACAGUGAAGACACCAAGUACAUUCCAGAAGGUACAGAUCUACGACUUGAGUGUCGAGCAUUUGGACUUCCCCCUCCCAAAUAUGUUUGGUUCCAAGGCAAUGAGGAACUAAGGGACCAGACAUCCAGUGUUCUCUUCAUCAGAGAUUUCAGUGUACAGCAUGAGGGUGAAUACUACUGCUGUGUAACUCAAGACAUUGAUGACAGGGAACUCUGCCAGGUGUAUUCCCACAGGGUUAAUGUUGAGCUACUGCCAUUACCUCCCACCAUACAUGAGCAGCCUGUGCCCUGUGUCUUGUUUAAAGAAGGUGAUGUCGUUACACUCUCGUGCAUUGCUACUGGGCAUCCAGAACCUCAGUAUGAGUGGUUCAAAGAGAAUUUUAGACUUCCUGGAGAAGAAAGUAACACAUUAAGUAUUACUGGUGUUACAGCAAGCAGUGAAGGCAGUUACAGAUGUUAUGUACACAACAUAGCUGGUGCUGUCUGGUCAAAUCAAUCAAAUAUAUCAAUGAUACUCUCUAACCCAUGUGAUGAAGAGUCUCGGCCCAGAAUUAUAGCAACAGAAAAGGUGGCACUUCUUAUUGGUAAUGAUACAUACACAGACUUGAGUGACCUCAACACACCAAGCAAUGACGUGGCUACAAUUGCUUCUAUUCUGAAGGACAUUGGAUUUAAAGUGAUUGCUCUUCGUAACCUGACACUCGGUGAGAUGAGAAAUGCUGUUCGGGAGUUUUGUCAGCUGUUACCACAAGAUGGAUAUGGAUUUUUCUACUUUGUAGGACAUGGUUUUGAGAUCCAGGACAAAUUUAUGUUACCAGUGGAUGCACCAGGAGCUAGUAAAUACCGCCGCUGUAAUAGUCUGUGUGAGAAAGAGGUGAUUCGAGAUGUAUUGGAAGUAAAGCCAAGAUUAUUUUUCAUUUUGCUAGAUAUGUGUCUCAAAGUACCGGACAGGAAUGAUAACCCAGGCAUCCAUGAGGAACUGCCAGAUGUAUUCUUGUAUACUGCACAGAGGAACCUGAUUCAGCAAUAUGCUACAACAAGUAACUUGGGUGCAUAUGAGAGACCUACUGAAGUCAAUGGCAUAUAUGUUAAUCACUUGAAGAAACAUUUGGCAAAAGAUAUUCCCAUUCUUAAUAUGCUAAAAAUGGUUCAAAAAGAAAUUGCAAAUGAAUCAGCUGAUGCAGUAGAUAAACAGGUUCCACUUACAAGUUUAACUGUUGUUAAUGAUUUCUAUUUGACAGAUCCUGUGACAGGACACCCUGAAACUGAAGCAAGAUUCCAGAAACUCAUGGCUUUACCAGCAUUAGAUACUAUUGUGUUCGAUAAUAUAGGAUGGAAGUCAUUUGUGAAAAUUCAGCCACAUAGGAACUGCUUCCAUAACAGUCUUGAUAUCUACAUUACAAAUAUGGCAAGAUGGGCAGUGGUAUGUCGCAUGGCUUGUGAGAAAUUGCAGUUAAAGCUUAAUAGAGAAGAUGAUAAUUUGAUAAUAACUAUUCACAACCUUCAGAAGACAAAGUUACCAAUAGUGUUAUCUGUGACUCUAAAGCAUCCUGAAACAGCAAAGGAGAUUGGUAGUUAUACUUUUGACUUGGCACAGCCACUUAUAACUCAAGCACACCUCUGGUUUAACUGCAGUCGACUCAUCAACGCAUAACACACUACAGAUAUGUGAGAAAUGGGAUGACCAAUGAAGAGGGGGAAAAAACAAAGGUCUAGACACUAAACCAAAAUAUGACCAUGGGUCCCAGCGGGGCCUGAUGCCAG